AUGAGUAGUUUAGACAAGACACAGAUUGUUAAAGUAUACACCUAUAGACUUGCAAAGUCUCUAGUACCACUGGAACUUGGUGAUGACUUUACACAAAAAAUUGCCAAUGAUUUGUACACGGCGUUGAGUUUGCAACAACAACAACAACAACAAGAACAGGAACAAGAACAGGAACAAGAACAGGAACAAGAACAAGGAAAACAAACAAGCGACAAACUGGAUAUAUACUCAAUCAUCAACAACAACAAAUACAAGACCUUUUUCCUUAAUGCAGAUUGUAAAAAAGAAUGGAUAAAGUUUCAAGAUGUGGUUUCUUCAUUGGGUAAUUUCAAUUCUUUGGACCAAGUAGCCAACUAUUUAAUGUUUUUAGACACCUUACAAAAUGAAACUAAAGAGCUUCCUCAGAAAGACGAUACAUCAUUUGGCCCUCGCCAAUCAGCUUUGCCGGAUUCUCAAGACAAAUUGGAAAACAAGACAAUGGCUCAGAUUAUAAAUCCACUUUUUGUUGACUCCGUUCCAGAGUCUGAUAUCCUAACUUUACUUCCAUACACAUUACGAGGGAUGAACUCGAAAUUGUUUGGGUUUUCGGCAAAUUUUAAAAAAAUACAUAUACCUGAUAAUAUAGAAACUAACCACAGGGCGCUUUUGCGUCCGUUAUUUGAAUACGCCUUGCUACACAAGCGCUUGACGCUAGUUGUCGAAAGUAAUCGUGGAACAUUCCGACUGGCCAUACACUCAUCCUUUAUUGCCUUAUUGGAGAAAAUCAAUCAAGAAUAUAUCAAAGAUUUAAAUGCCAUUUUUCAAACCAAACCUUCAACAAUUUUAACUGUUUACCUGAAGAUUUACAACUGGAUCUACGUUUUACGCUUUUUGUUUCGUACAUCAUUGAAAUUAAAAGUAUUAAACGGGCUAGAUUUUAUCAAAUACAUUCACAACUUUACUAAAUAUGGAGAUGACAAUAUUCGAAAUAUUGCCAAAAGAGCAUUUGAAGCGGUAGUCACGCCGUACUAUAAAAUAUUAGAGUUUUGGAUUAUCAAGGGUGAAUUAACUGAUGAUAAUAAUGAGUUUUUUAUAUCAUUUGAUGCAACAAAGAACCAUUUUAAUGAUAUUAUAGUUUUCCACAACGACAAAGUCCCCGAGUUUAUCUACGCAGGCGACAAGAUCUUCCAGAUUGGCAAGACAUUGAUUUUUUUAAACAAGUAUUGUCGAGAACUUGAAUGGGUUAAUCAAUAUAUAUCCAAAUAUUCGUCUCGGUUGUUUUCAGAUCAUGACGGUGGCCUUGUCUCGAUGACGAUAAACCAGAGGACGUCUUUGAUUGAUGAUGCUUACGAAGAAGUCUUGAGCUAUUUUAACAAGCUCAUGCAUCAGAAAUAUGGAUUGAUAAAGCACUUGGAUAAUUUCAAGAGGUUUUACUUGUUGGGAGAAAAUGAUUUCAUUGAGGCAGUAAUGGUGAAAGGUGUCACUAUUUUUGAUAAACCUGCAGUCGAUAUCACACCGAGUCAGCUUGAUAGAGUUUUAAAUGAAGCAAUCCAAACAUCAGCUGUGAAGAAUCAAAGGUUUGCUGAACGGUUAGAUAUGAAGAUAUUCACUUCAGAAGAAGGUAAUUUUGGAUGGGAGGCAUUUUUGAUCAGUUACAAAAUCGACGAUUUGCCAUUCAGCUACUUAUUUGAGGACCAAAUAACACAGUAUUUCAAGAUGUUUCAUCUACUUCGAAGAAUACGCCACUUGGAGCUCUUACUUGAUGCAAACUUUGUAAGAUUUGCUGAGCUCAACAUCGCCAAUAAACGGUCCUUACAAAGACUAUUGAGCAGCCAAACAAGACGCAUCAUCAAGCUCAAUUACAUGAGAAAGGUGCUCAUCGAUUAUCUUUGUACAAUAUCGUCGUAUUUGUCAUAUGACGUUAUUGAAGCAUCUUUCACAAACAUCAUUGUUGCUGAUUUCUUUGCCAAAAUCAAUGAUGAUACCGAGUUGCUUCUCGACCGACUGUUUAUGAAAUUAGAAAAGAAACACCGCGUUAAAUAUAACGUGAACACAUUGACAAUAGAUGACUUGAUUAAUAGUCACGCCAAAUAUCUCAAAAACAUUGUCUACACUGAUAUUUUAAAUGAACAAGUAGUAGGUAAGAAAUCACAAGUGAGCUACAUCGAUCAGAUCCAAAACUCAUUCCAAAUAAUCUUUGAGUUUGUUAAUGCCGAGCAAGAAUAUUACGAGCUUCUACAAAGUUAUUUAUACUUUGCUUCCCAAGAACCUCGAGAUGAACAAUAUAAAGUAGGAGUUGAGACCGAUUUGGAAAGGAUUAAUAGGAGAAUAGAAAAGUUGUGGCAUAAAGUAAGAUUCGACAUUUUUGAGACUGAAUUUGUGCAACAGAGAAAUAUGCUCAAGGAUGAUUUGAAAGUAGAUAACAAUUUGCUGGAGCUAGGUUCAUGUUUGUAG